AUGAUGGCAGACCAUGCAUUACGUUUCGAGCCUCCUGCUGUUGCCUUUGUAGAUACCACCAAAGGUUUUGGCUUUUUGAAUCCAGCUCAUUUGCGAAAAAGUAUAAAGCGCACCAAGGUGUCAUCGGAUGAUUCACCAUCCUUAAUUCAACGUACUCGAACUCCCACCAGCAACCAUGGCAACGUGGAUAAUGGAACAUCCUCACCAACACGAUUUGGCACAACAUUAUUAAGACGUGCAUUGAGUACCACAACACGUCGUAGUCAUAGUGGCAAUGAUACUAGUACUACUACAACAGCUGCAGCUGCCAAUCGAGCUAGGGAUCGUUAUCAACGGAAACAAAAGCACAGAUCAUCCAUGGUUGAUGAUGGUGGUGUUAUGCAUGAUACUACUUCCAUUAAGGAAUCUCCUAUUCCUCCUCGUCCUCAAUCAACCCUCUUAAUGAGCUCUCAUCAGCAUCAACACCAACAGCGUCAAGUGGCACUUGCUCAAGUAUCCAUGGAGGAGGAUGAAGUAUUACGACGCACUGCAGCGGCAGUGAUCGACCGCCAUGUUGGACAAUACAUGCGGGUGGGCGACCUGGUGUCACUCUUUAGCGGCAAAAGAAGCGGUUCAUUGUGGGACAAGGUCAAACUGCAUUUUCGAAAUAGUAACAACCUUGGACGAUCGGCAUCUUUGUCUAAUGAACACGCUCAUCAACGACGUGUUUUUGGUCAACCCCUGGAUAAUGUGGAUUGGGGAAUGGCAAACAAUGAUGGUGGGAACGACACAACGACACGUGGUGACGCCAUAGGAUACAUGAUGACCCAUCACCCGAUCAUGGCUGCUUGUUUCUCAAAAAGUGCAGCUAUUCCACCGAUCAUGCAGAACUGCAUUUUGGCUUUACUCCAACAAGAUCUCACCGUCGAAGGCAUCUUUCGCAAGAAUGGUAACAUUCGUGAUCUCAGAGACAUGUGCAACAAGAUCGAUCAUGAUGAGCCAUACAUACAACGUUUAUUUCACGACACUUCAGCUAUUCAACUUGCAGCUAUACUCAAAAGAUACUUGCGUGAUCUUCCAGAGCCAUUGCUUACCUAUAAACUUCAUUCUUUGUUUGUUGCAAGUCUCCGAAUGCCUACUGAAAAGGAGACCAAAACAGUUCUUCAUCUUGCUUGCUGCAUGCUACCCAAACCAAACCGUGAUUUAUUGCAAUUGCUAUGUCUUUUCUGGAACCAAGUCGCGUCACUUCACUCCAAAAACAAAAUGACAGCUCAAAAUCUUGCUCUUGUGUUGACACCAAGUUUGCUUGUUGCUCCACCCUCAGCAACAACAUCGCCUCAUCAAAGUAUAGCAGCAGCAGCGGGCUUGCAAGAAAUCGAAGUCGUUCGUUUGCUGAUACAAUACCAACCCGAGUUUAUCACGAUACCCAGUGAAUUAUUGCUGUCACCCCUACUUCAAGAAGAUGUCGGAUCUCCUCCGAGCCCCACAACACGUUCCUAUGCAUCUCUUUUAAGAAAACGCACCAUGUCAGCCAUUACUCUCGCAUCCUUCAUCGAUCCACAAUCGGCACGGUAG